AUGGAUCCCUCGACGAGCAAUGGCGACGACGAUGCCCCCCGAUUGGUCCUCUCUCCUACCUCAUCUCCCGUGAGGCAACUUUCAGAGGAGGAGCCAGGGGUUCCCCGCCGUCGACUUCACCACCGGCAGUCUCGCUCUGAGGGGAACAAUGGCCGACAUAUACAACUUGAGCCGCCCGCCUUGACGAGAGCCAGGCCGUCGAGUAUCUACAUGGGAUCCUAUAGCCAUAGUCCGCGCAGGAGGUCAAGAGUGUCUUUGGCUGAUUCCACCAGAACUCCUGCAAGCUCCGCACCAGUAUCUCCUCGCAUCAGUUUUAGCAAUAGCCAUCUUGAAGAGCUCCUCCAAGAUAUGGAUGUGGAGUUGGAUACGUAUGGCGUCGAGGAACUUCGAGAUAACUUCUUCGAUGGCGCCUUCUUGAAACCUCCCAAGAUGGACCACGAAGAUCUUAUGAGAGACGCGGAAUACACUCUUCCCGCUGCUCUCCGACAGACACCUCUUUCUUUGCAUAAUUUUCUGCCAAAGCAAUGGCACGCGAUCAAAGGCGUAGUCCGCAGUGUGACAACUACGAGGGCUGGGGUCAAGUUGACGAAGUCUUUUUUGGCUUUCUUCAUUACCUAUAUUCUUUGUCUGGUUCCGGCGGUCAGACAUUGGCUUGGGCAUUACAAUUAUAUUAUGUGCCUAUCAGCCAUACUUAACCACUCUGGGAGAACGAUUGGCGCCCAGAUUGACGGCGUAGUUCUGACAAUCGUUGGUUCAGCCACAGGUCUAGGAUGGGGAGCUUUUGCCCUAUGGCUUUCAGACUGCACAGCAGUUGCUCGAAGGGGUUAUGGUGGAAUCCUCGCAGCUUUUCUUGUCGUCUUCAUGGGCACAAUUGCAGCUCUCAGAUCAUAUUAUAUACGAUCGUAUCAAUUUGUUCUUUGUGCAGGGAUUGCUGUAAGCUAUACCUGUUUGGCAGAUACAUCGGACCAUGUGCAUUGGAGAAAACUAUACGAUUACGGCAUUCCUUGGUUAUUCGGUCAGGCCAUCGCUCUUCUGAUCUGCUGCAUUGUUUUCCCAGAUGCCGGAGCCCGUUCGCUGGCCGUCUCCCUACAUAACGCCUUCGCAGUAAUGCAAGAUGGUCUGGUCUUGCCCCAUCCAGACAGUAUUUCUCUGCAUCGACGACUUGCUUUGACCUUUGUCAACCUCUCACAAGCUUAUCGAGAUCUUGUACUUGAUAUAUCUUUGACACGCUUCAGACCAUCGGAUGUUGAACAAUUGCGAAAUCUGAUGCAAGGAGUUAUCAGAUCUCUACUAUCUCUGAAGAUGGAGACUUAUAUGUUUAAUAACUUCAAGCAAAAUCGAGAGCAUAGCGCUUCAGGGUUGCGUGAGCCUCCCCCGUUCAGCCUGAACCCUGACGAUUCACGCAGGGGAAGUAGUACAGAUCCUGCUCAAAGCUCCAGAUCGGAUACGGUCGUUGAUAUUGAUGGUCCGAGACGUCGUUCGGUCCGGAGGACUCCUUCAGAAGAGCAAGUUGUGAAAUUGGUUGCCGACAAACUUGCUGAGCCGACUUUAGAGCUGCUUUCGUGGAUGCGGACUUCACUAAGCAGAUGUGACGCCGUAUUGAUGGAGAUGUCAGGACAUCGCAAGUACCUUGGGCCCCCAGAUUCCGUCUCGUCUGAUAUAAUAGGAGCUUUAACGGAGCUCCGAAAAGCGAUGAUAAAAUAUGACGAGGAAGAAGAUGAUUUGAUGAAGAGUUCUGCUCUACCGCCUACAUAUUCGCACAACCAGGAAAUUGUGGAAUUCUUUCUCUUUGUCCAUCCUAUUCGACAAGCUGCUAGCAGCGUAGAAGCUCUGCUGGUAAAGGUCAUGGAAAUGCAGCAACGGCAUCCUGGAUGGAGGAUAUACCUACCAUCAUAUCCACUAGCGAAAGCGCUGCAGCGCACGAAUGCUCAGGUGCGUCAUGACCGUGGUGGUGUGACGGCAGGAUACUAUUUCCGAAGUCAGGCCCAGCUUGCCAAAAUGAUGAAAGGAAUGGCAAAUGUUUACAAGCCAUCCCCUCGUCAACGUAACGGGGAGGAAGCCCCUGAACCCAAAGUCGGAAUCACACGAAUGGACACCAUAGGGAAAUACGAAGAGGAAGAGAUUGCUAUGAACCAGAAGUCGAACAUUUCUAGUCUUCGUUACAGAUUGUGGACGGUUCUGCACCGCUUACAGGGCUUUGAGACUAGGUUCGCUCUCAAGGUUGCGAUCAGUACGUCGUUGCUCUCUGUGCCGGCCUGGUUAGAUGCGAGUAGGGGCUGGUGGAACGCCAAUGAGAGCUGGUGGGCAGUUGUUGUGGUGUGGGUAAUGGCACAUCCCCGAGUCGGCGGCAACUUUCAAGACCUCGUUACUCGCGCCUUCUGUGCUGCAUUGGGUGCCGUCUGGGCAGGCGUGGCGUACGGAGCGGGCGACGGAAGUCCCUAUGUAAUGGCGGUGUUCGCUGCCAUCUUUAUGAUCCCCAUGAUGUACAGAUUUACUCAGAGCUCCCAUCCUCGCUCAGGAAUCGUGGGAUGUAUGUCAUUCGCAGUUAUCUCUCUGGGAAUCAGAGAGGCCGAUGGCCUACCUUCUGUUGUGUGGAUCUCAUGGACUCGCGGGUUAGCGUUCGUAGUAGGGGUAGUGGCUGCAGUGGUGACCAAUUGGAUAUUGUGGCCAUUUGUCGCAAGGCACGAGUUGAGAAAAGCCUUGUCAUCCAUGCUGAUAUACUCUAGUAUCAUAUAUCGUUCAGUGGUAGCAAAAUAUGUGUACUACGAAGCAGGACAUGAGCCGGGAGAGAAGGAAAUUGCGGAGUCAGAAAUGCUGGAAGGGCGUUUGCGCGAGGGUUUCGUCAGGAUUCGCCAGCUCAUGGCCUUGACGCGCCACGAGAUCCGCCUGCGUGGGCCCUUCAAUCCUCUCCCAUACUCAGGACUCAUCGAGGGCUGCGAGCGUUUCUUUGAAUACCUAGUUUCUCUCCGCCAGUCAUCUCUGUUUUUCCACCCUUAUUACAUAUCCGAUAACCGACAGGCGGCUGAGGAUUUGCUUGCAUACCGACGGGAUGCGGUAGCUACUAUUCUCAUGAACUUAUAUGUUCUAGCUGGAGCGUUGAGAGCAGAUAGGAAAGUACCGAGAUACCUCCCAAGCGCAGCAGCCGCUAGGAAACGCCUCCUGGAUCGCAUGGCUCAAGUCGAAGCCGACCAAGCCGAGGAAGCGGAAGACGAGGAUGCCGAGAGGCCCGUGUCUCCGGCAGAAACCGCGCGGAAAUGGUCUCAGAUCUACAGCUAUUCAUACAGCCAGAGCUUGACCGGCUGCGUGAAACAGCUUGAACAAUUACAGAAAUAUACCAUUGAGAUUGUGGGCGAGCAAGGGUUCGAUCCAAUUGAUUACGAAAUACUCACAGGAGUAAAGGGGAAGGCACACUGA